AUGUCUAUGCCUCAACAAACUCCCACCAACGGCUUGACUGGUAAGAUCUCCUCGUUGGACAUGACCCGAGGCUCGCUGCUCACCGACAAGUUGGCGGCGGCGGCCCAGGCCAAGGACGAAGCCCAAACUGACCGUGAAGCGAUCAAAGUGCUGUUGGACGAGUUGCGCCAGCGUGAGGUGGCCAACCUCAACGGCGCCAACGCCGCUGACUUGCAAAAGCAACAGGAACAGUACGACGCCGAACACGGCGCCUUUCUCACUAAACACAAGGCCCACCGCCACCAGUUAAAGGAGUUGGAAAAGGAAGAACCGUUGCUCAAGGAAAACACUAAGCGGUUCGUGCUUUUCCCCAUCAAGUACAACGAAAUCUGGCAAAUGUACAAGAAGGCCGAAGCCUCGUUCUGGACCGCCGAGGAAAUCGACUUGGGCAAGGACUUGCACGACUGGAACAACCGUUUAAAUGAAAACGAACGGUUCUUUAUCCUGAGGAUCCUCGCGUUUUUCGCCGCCUCCGACGGCAUCGUCAACGAAAACUUGGUGGAAAACUUCUCCGCCGAAGUGCAAAUCCCCGAAGCUAAAUGCUUCUACGGGUUCCAAAUCAUGAUGGAAAACAUCCACUCGGAAACUUACUCGUUGCUCAUCGACACUUACAUCAAGGACCCCAAGGAAGCCGAUUUCUUGUUCAACGCCAUCGAAACCAUCCCCUGUAUCAAGAAGAAGGCCGACUGGGCGUUGAGAUGGAUCGCCGAUACCGACGCCUUGUUUGCCGAACGUCUCGUCGCCUUUGCCGCCGUGGAAGGGGUGUUCUUCUCCGGUUCGUUUGCCCUGAUCUUCUGGUUGAAGAAGCGUGGUUUAAUGCCCGGUCUCACCUUCUCCAACGAACUCAUCUGCCGUGACGAAGGAUUGCACACCGAUUUCGCCUGUCUCCUCUUCCUGCACUUGCAAAACCGUCCCGACCCCCUGAUCGUCGAGAAGAUCAUCACCGAAGCCGUCGCCAUCGAGAAGGAAUACUUCACCGACGCGUUGCCGGUGCUGUUGUUGGGGAUGAACGCCAACUUGAUGUGCCAGUACGUCGAGUUUGUCGCCGACAGAUUGCUUGUCGCCUUGGGCAACAAGAAGGUGUACAACGUCACCAACCCCUUCGACUUUAUGGAGAACAUCUCGCUUGCGGGCAAGACCAACUUCUUUGAAAAGAGAGUCUCCGACUACCAAAAGGCCGGCGUCAUGGCCAAGAACUCCGACACCAAGAACGAAAACGCCUUCUCGUUCGACGAAGACUUUUAG